ACGCAGUAAAGAAGGCUGAUUAUCCAAAAUAAUGUAUGAAUGUCCUGGUUUGGAGGUGCUUUGAAAAAGCAACGCCAUCUCCCGGUUGGUCAGAUGGCAGGAGGCGUCGCGACGCCUCCUGCAAUGUCCCCGAAACGUCACGCGGACGCAACGUCAAAGAUAAUAUUUUGGUUUGGUUUAGUUUAUUUUUCUUUUGCUCCGAUGGUGAACAAAUAAUUCCUGGGUGAGGAUGAAGUUCGCAGAACACCUGUCCGCCCACAUCACGCCGGAAUGGAGGAAGCAGUACAUCAGCUACGAAGAGAUGAAGGCUCUGCUUUAUGCGGCCGUCGAGCAGGCCCCAUCCGCGGAGCACGUGGAGCCGGAGGUGUUGACCCGAUACUUUGCAAAGUUCGACGAGAAAUUCUUCCAUUAUUGCGACAGAGAACUGGCCAAAAUCAACACUUUCUAUUCCGAAAAAUUGGCUGAAGCUACCAGGAAAUCGGCGAAUCUGAAGAGCGAACUGAGCGACGCCAUGGAGGAGGAGUACAAAGGAAAGCAGAGCUCAAAGAACUAUAGUAAAAGAAUCCUUCGCAGGAAGAAUUUACCGGCGAGAAAGAUGCAGGAACUGAAAUUGGCUUUUAGCGAAUUCUACCUGAGCUUAAUACUGCUUCAAAACUAUCAAAACCUCAACUUCACCGGUUUCAGAAAAAUACUGAAAAAGCACGACAAACUGUUGUCUUCCGAUGUGGGUACAAAGUUCCGUAUAAACCACGUGGAGAGUUCUCACUUUUAUAUGAACAAGGAUAUCGAUAAAAUUAUAAGGGAGACGGAGGGUACGGUCACCAAUGAUCUGGAAGGUGGAGAUCGCCAGAGGGCUAUGAAACGGUUGAGGGUGCCGCCGUUGGGUGAGCAGCAGAGCCCUUGGAUUACAUUCAAAGUAGGUCUGUUUUCCGGGUCGUUCGUUGUUCUUCUGAUCGCAGUCAUCUUAUCAGCUAUCUUCAAUCACAAGGGCGACGAUUGGAAGAUCAUCACGCGGUUGUACCGCGGUUCCUUCCUCAUCGUUGAGUUCCUCUUCCUCUGGGGCAUAAACAUCUACGGCUGGAGGUCUUCGGGAGUCAAUCACGUUCUCAUCUUCGAGAUGGACCCACGGAAUCACCUCUCCGAGCAGCACAUCAUCGAGAUGGCUGCAAUCUUCGGCGUAAUAUGGUCCAUUUCUUUGCUGUGCUUCCUUUACAGUGCGCAGCUCAGCAUUCCCGCUUACCUGAACCCGUUCAUACUCAACUGCUUGAUGGCCGCGUUCCUGUUGAAUCCCACGAAAACCUUGAGGCACGAAGCGAGAUUUUGGGCCUUGAGAGUGUUGAGCCGUGUUCUGGUCACUCCGUUCUUCUACGUAACCUUCGCUGAGUUCUGGAUGGCCGAUCAGCUCAACAGCAUGAUGACCCUAUUCACCGAUCUGCAAUACUUCUUCUGCUUCUACAUCACCAACACCAACUGGUUCGAAGCUAAAGAUAUCGAUUAUUGUAUUAACAAGUUUAUUCCACUAAGAUCGAUAAUGGCCGCUCUUCCGGCGUGGUUCCGGUUUGCGCAAUGUCUUCGUCGCUAUAGAGACACAAGAGAAGCUUUCCCGCAUCUCGCGAAUGCUGCCAAAUACUCUACGUCCUUCUUCGUGAUCAUCUUCUCAACAUUGUUUACCAUUUACUCAGAUCGUUACACAUCAAUGUUCGAGAAUCCUUUCUUCUAUCUAUGGUUAACAUCAUCUCUCCUCAGUUCUUGCUACGCCUACACUUGGGAUAUCCGACUGGAUUGGGGUUUAUUCGAUUCAAAGGCAGGAGACAACAAAUUCCUGCGAGAAGAAAUCGUGUAUCCUUCCACAUACUUCUAUUACUUCGGAAUAGUCGAGGAUCUUCUGCUGCGCUUCAGCUGGGCAUUUUCGAUGUCAUUAACAGAACUUGGAUACAUCCACGCUGAACUAAUGAUAACCAUUCUAGCACCUCUCGAAGUAUUCCGAAGAUUCAUCUGGAAUUUCUUCCGAUUGGAAAACGAGCAUUUGAACAAUUGCGGUAAGUUCAGAGCUGUACGAGAUAUAUCCGUGGCGCCUCUGGAUUGCUCAGAUCAGUCUGUGAUAUUGCGGAUGAUGGAUGAGGAGGAUGGAGUUAUCAAUAGAAGAAAGAAAAAGGUUCGCGUGAAAAAGAGAAUCGAGGCGCGGGUGACGCUCGAAGGCGAAUCCACCGAUGAUAAUAUGGAUCUUUGAGUUCACAAAAGUUUACUUUCCUGCAUUUUACAUUUGUUGAUAUUUUAAACUCUAUAUAUAUAUAUAUUCUAUUUAUAUGUUAUUAAAAUGUAAUCAAA